AUGCAGUACAGCUACGAGUAUGAAGAUGAUGAGUAUAUGAUCCAAGAGGAAGAAUGGGAUAGGGACAUGCUCCUGGACCCAGCAUGGGAGAAACAGCAAAGGAAGACCUUUACAGCUUGGUGCAAUUCCCACCUCAGGAAAGCAGGCACACAGAUUGAGAACAUCGAAGAGGACUUCAGGAAUGGCCUUAAACUGAUGCUCCUCUUGGAAGUCAUUUCAGGGGAAAGACUACCAAAACCAGACAGAGGAAAAAUGCGCUUCCAUAAAAUUGCUAAUGUCAACAAAGCCCUGGAUUAUAUUGCCAGCAAAGGAGUGAAACUUGUGUCAAUUGGUGCAGAAGAAAUUGUUGAUGGCAAUGUGAAAAUGACCCUGGGUAUGAUAUGGACCAUCAUCCUUCGCUUUGCUAUUCAGGACAUUUCAGUAGAAGAGACUUCCGCCAAAGAAGGUCUGCUGCUGUGGUGUCAAAGAAAAACUGCUCCUUACAGAAAUGUGAACAUUCAGAACUUCCAUCUUAGCUGGAAAGACGGACUAGCACUCUGUGCACUUAUCCACAGACACCGACCUGAUCUUAUUGACUACUCCAAGCUAAAUAAGGAUGACCCUCUAAGAAAUAUUAACCUUGCAAUGGAAAUUGCAGAAAAACAUCUGGAUAUCCCUAAGAUGCUGGAUGCAGAAGAUGUAGUAAACACUGCCAGCCCUGAUGAAAGAGCCAUUAUGACUUAUGUUUCCUGUUACUACCAUGCAUUUGCGGGUGCUCAGAAGGCUGAGACUGCAGCUAACAGGAUAUGUAAAGUGCUUGCUGUGAACCAAGAAAAUGAAAAGUUGAUGGAAGAAUAUGAAAGGCUAGCAAGUGAGCUUUUAGAAUGGAUUCGUCGCACGAUCCCUUGGCUGGAAGACAAAACGCCCGAGAAAACAAUGCAGGCCAUGCAGAAGAAGCUAGAGGACUUCCGAGACUACCGCCGCAAGCACAAGCCUCCCAAAGUCCAGGAAAAAUGUCAACUGGAGAUCAAUUUCAACACCUUGCAGACAAAACUGAGGAUCAGCAAUAGGCCAGCUUUCAUGCCAUCAGAGGGGAAAAUGGUUUCAGAUAUUGCUGGCGCUUGGCAGAGACUUGAACAAGCUGAGAAGGGCUAUGAGGAAUGGUUGCUGAAUGAAAUACGAAGACUGGAACGACUUGAACAUCUGGCUGAGAAAUUUAGACAGAAGGCUUCUACUCAUGAAACCUGGGCAUAUGGCAAAGAGCAGAUCUUACUCCAGAAGGAUUAUGAAUCUGCUUCUCUGACUGAACUCCGCGCUAUGUUGAGGAAACAUGAAGCUUUUGAGAGUGACUUGGCUGCCCACCAGGACAGAGUAGAACAGAUCGCAGCCAUUGCCCAGGAGCUGAAUGAACUGGACUUUUACGAUGCUGCAAAUGUCAAUGAUCGAUGCCAGAAGAUAUGUGACCAAUGGGACAAAUUGGGAACACUUACUCAGAAAAGAAGAGAGGCACUGGAGAGGACAGAGAAAUUGCUGGAAACAAUUGAUCAGCUUCACCUGGAGUUUGCCAAGAGAGCUGCUCCAUUCAACAACUGGAUGGAAGGUGCUAUGGAAGACCUACAGGACAUGUUUAUUGUUCAUAGCAUAGAGGAAAUUCAGAGUUUAAUCACUGCCCAUGAUCAGUUUAAAGCCACUCUGCCAGAGGCAGACGGUGAGAGACAGGCUAUCCUGUCGAUCCAGAAUGAAGUUGAGAAGGUUAUUCAGAGUUACAACAUCAGAAUAAGUGCAAGCAAUCCUUACAGCACCAUCACUAUGGAUGAAAUCCGUGCCAAGUGGGAUAAGGUGAAACAACUUGUGCCCAUGAGGGAUCAAUGUUUGCAGGAGGAGCUAGCCCGUCAGCAUGCUAAUGAACGUCUGCGUCGCCAAUUUGCUGCUCAGGCCAAUGUCGUUGGGCCAUGGAUCCAGACCAAGAUGGAGGAAAUUGCCCGCAGCUCUAUUGAGUUGACAGGGACCUUGGAGGACCAGAUGAAUCAACUGAAGCAGCAUGAACACAAUAUCAUCAACUACAAAACCAAUAUUGACAAAUUGGAAGGAGAGCAUCAGCUUAUACAAGAAGCCCUGGUGUUUGAUAACAAGCACACAAGUUAUACUAUGGAGCAUAUCCGUGUUGGAUGGGAACUCUUACUGACCACCAUUGCCCGAACUAUCAAUGAGAUUGAGACGCAGAUCCUUACAAGAGAUGCCAAGGGUAUCACCCAAGAACAAAUGAAUGAAUUCAGAGCAUCGUUCAAUCACUUUGAUAGGGAUGAAUCUGGCGAUCUACAGCCUGAUGCAUUUAAAGCCUGCCUCAUCAGUCUAGGACAGGUUGGAAAUGACCUGCAGAAGAAGAAUGGGCUGAUGGACCAUGAUGAUUUCAGAGCUUGCUUAAUUUCAAUGGGUUAUGAUUUGGGUGAGGCAGAGUUUGCCCGAAUUAUGUCCCUGGUUGAUCCCAAUGGGCAGGGAACCGUCUCUUUCCAGUCCUUCAUUGACUUCAUGACCAGAGAGACUGCGGACACAGACACAGCUGAGCAAGUCAUAGCUUCUUUCAGAAUCCUAGCUUCAGAUAAGCCUUAUAUUCUCGCCGAGGAGCUGCGGAGAGAACUACCUUCUGAACAAGCUCAGUACUGCGUCAGAAGAAUGCCUGCCUACUCUGGUCCAGGUGCUGUUCCUGGAGCUCUGGAUUAUACCUCAUUUUCAUCAGCAUUGUAUGGAGAAAGUGACCUGUAA